CUGUCCUCACAUGCUUGGAUCCAUGAUUCAUAACAUUACAGUAGGUAAUAUGAAUAAUGGAAUGUAAUGUUAUAUUAUAAUAUAGUGGUAGCACAGAAUGACAUAAUUUUUUUAUUUUAUUGUACAUUAUAAUAUUUAAUAUUUAUUCUGUGGUAAGAUGUCAGUAGUCAGUACUCACUAAAAUUACAGAUCACUCAAGCAUUGAUAUUUGAUAAUUAUGAAUAAUUAUUAAUUCCCAAAACUAAAUUGGUUUAACUUGUUUCUGUGUUCGAAUAGUUUCGAAAUCCUUUUUAAGAAUUUUAAAUUUCUGGUCUCGUUUGAAGAACAUUUUAUGAAUACAAUGGUGUCCUUUGGAAAGUGUCAGCAGUGGUACAGCUGCUUUCAAAAAACGUCCACUAAAAGUUUAAUAAAUACCUUAUACAAUGUUUCUUCAAAAUCGAAAUAUUUAAAUCACAGUAUACAACGUAGACACAUGUCAACCGUCGACGAUUCAAAAAACAUAAAUGAAACAGACUUAAAAAAGUUGUUGGAAGAUGCAACAGUUCCAGAAGAGUCAUCCGUUGUUGGAGACACUGAAAACUGGACAACAUCUCCAUACCCAAAAGGUUCAUAUGUACCUCAUAAAAACCAGUCUCAAGCGCAGCAUGCUCUACGACCAAAAGUGGACCCUAAGGAAACGUCAAUACUGGUGUUUCCUGGCCAAGGUACCCAGUUUGUGGGCAUGGGAAAAAUUCUGUUAGUGUUUCCUCAGGUUGUAGAUAUGUUCAAUGCGGCCAGUGAAAUACUGAAGUAUAAUCUAUUGAAACUUUGUUUGGAAGGACCAAAAUCUAAACUGGAUCAGACCAUAUAUAGUCAACCAGCAAUUCUUGUGUGUUCUUUGGGCGCCAUUGAGAAACUAAAAGAAGAGCAACCUAGUGCCAUUGAAAAUUGUAUGGCUGUUGCUGGUUACAGUAUUGGAGAAUUUGCCGCUCUUACAUUUGCAGGAUGUUUUUCAUUUGAACAAGCUGUCAGUUUAGUUAAAGUACGCGCUGAAGCAAUGCAUUAUGCUUCAGAAAUUGAACCAGGUGGAAUGGCUAACAUUUACUUAAGACCUGAUUCUAAAUUAAAUUAUGCUAUGAAAAUGGCCAGAGAUUGGUGUCUGGAUAAAGGAAUCGAAAAACCUGUUUGCUCCAUAUCAAACUAUUUGAAUCCUGAUUGUAAAGUGGUUGCUGGACAUUUAGAAGCAUUAAAAUAUUUGGAAUCCAAUCUAAAACAAUAUAAUCUUAGAAAGAUGCAAAGGUUAAAUGUUUCUGGUGCGUUUCAUACAGACCUCAUGCUCCCUGCUGUUGAACCAUUUGCAGCUGCACUUCAUAAAAUAAAAAUAGCAGAACCUCUGAUAGCUGUCCACUCAAAUAUUGAUGGAAAACGAUAUCAGAACAGCGCUCAAGUGUUUAGAAAUUUACCCAAACAAAUAUACAAACCUGUGAAGUGGGAACAGACAUUACACAUACUGUACGAACGUCCAGUUGGAUCAAAUUUUCCCGAUACCUUUGAGUGUGGACCUGGCUCAACCCUUAGAAAUCUAUUAAAAACAGUUAAUUCUAAAGCACAUUCUACGUGUCGGACUAUUGAUAUUUAAUAUACAUAUAGAGUAGGUAGAUUUUAAUUAAAAAUAUAUUUGUAAUGUAACACCAGUUAAUUGUUAUAGACUUAUAGAUAAAUUCUCUCAAUAGCUAAUUCUAUUCCCUGAGAUUUAUAUACAAAUAAACUACAUCUGGUUUAUAUUAAGAUACAUAAUAACAUAAAAUUCUAUAAUUUAAAACACAAAUACCAUUGUAUCAGAAAUAAAUUAUCAUUAAACGUAUUAAUAUAAUUCUUAUUUAGCUCCCUGACAAUUUUUAUAUUUAUUAAUUAUUCCUGUGUAGCUUUUGAUGAAACAAAGUAAUGUGACAUUAGUAAAUUCUAAUGUUGAUAGAACUUUCAAAGUUAUAGCUAUUCAAAAUAUGUUAUUCUACGGCACGGCUUAAAAAGCUAACUUUGGAAUAAUUCUCAAUAUAUUAUGGUGAAAAUGAUAAGGCAGACUACUGAUGGUUUUAAGUUUAAGGUCUGAGUUCUUUAUACAUUUAUAUCCUAACUCAACUUAUCAAACGUUUAGCACUUUUUUCUUAUGAAUUUUAAACUCGUGAAUUAACAUUGUCAAUUGUUAUAGAAUUUUGUUAUUUUUACAUAUUAAUAAAUUCAACAUAAAUUAUUAAUA